UCAGAAGUGCACAGGAAAAAUAUUUCUGUGACGAUCUUGUUUCUCUAAAUAUUUUCAAAAAGCCUGAAAGUGAGGAACGUUUUAACAAGUCAUUACGUCGUCACUUAACAAUUGAAAAGAUGGGUUGUGGAAGCAGCCACUCUGAUAUACAUAUGGAUCUUGAGGAUAUGCCAAGGCACCGUCGGUCAAACAGUGACCUGGAUAACGAAUUCGAAAUUUCUGCAUCUCCCUGGACAAUGGAUAGCGAUUCUCCUCCACCAAAACAGGUAGAGAUAACACCAGAAACACUGGAAAAAUAUUUUGAGCUAGAGAAAGAAAUCCAAAGCUAUGAGAAAAGGCAUGUGAUGGAGAACUACCAAGUUAAAACAGAACAGUUAGAGAAACUCGAACAGAAAGUGACUCAGCUAGAAGAGUGUGAAAACCACCUUGAAGAACACGCGAUGGUACUUCAAGCUGUGGUGGAUGCUGAUAGUGACAAUGAUCAAUCGGUUAAACAGUUUCUCAUGGAGAAAACAGAGAGCGACCAAGAAUUAACAGCUGAACAAGAGGCUUUUGUAGACACUCUCAACCGUCAGGAAAUCAAUAAGACAGAACUGAUUACUACAACCAAACAACGAGAUGUCCUGAGAAAAGAUGUUGAAACUUUGGCUGCUGAAGGAGACAAACUAAAUAAUCUUUAUGAAGAACGUGACAAGUUUCUUGAUGGUAUUUUUGGAGGUGAAUAUGGCAGCGAGCUUGAAUACACUCUAGAAAAGGAACUAGAUAUGUUAAAGGAACAAAAACAGCAGGUGGAUCAAGCCUACUUUAAAUGGAAACGAAGUAAUGUGAUGGCUAAACAGGCUACUAGUCAAUUAGGAAUGGGAGUCCAAAAAUGGAAAGACCUGCCUGAGGUGGCUGUAAGCGAUUUGGAACAACGCUAUAUUUGUGCCGCCGAGGCACGGAAUAACUUUCUAGCUGCAAGUCAAAACCUGGAGGGGGCGCAGCGGUAUUUACCGAAUCUUGAGUUUCCAUACUGCAACAAAGAAGAAGUAGAAACACUCAAUCAGGCUAUCACAUAUAUAUUUACUGACAUGCAAACGCAAGAAAGACACGAGCACGCUAUGGCUUGCUAUUACGCUACCUACCGCCGAGCAGCAGCACUCUGUCAAUGGUUUGAUCAAGUACUGAACAAAACGAUUUCGCGGGACUUGUCUCAGCUAACGGACUUGUGUAACACGAAAGAAGCUUUGCUUCGUCGAGAGAGAAUUAGACUUAUUAGAAUUAAAGUAAGAGAAAUUACAGGAAAAGACGUCGAAUACAACAUAGACGCAGAAAGUGAAAUAGACGACACGCCUAUGAAUGAAGACAGAGUCCAGCUGUUUCAGGCCGCAAAAGUGUCUGGCAAAAAUGGAAACCUUGCCCCGACUCCAGAAAUGGCUCCAGUACCAACCCCAGUUCCUCUAUGUGACCUCGCGCCUCCUCCAUCCAAUGAGCAGAUAUUUGGUAAAAUCGAUGAAUUAAGAAAACGUCAUCAAGAAGAAGUUGAAGACUUCAAGAAAGGUCAAGCAAUGAACUACGCCAGAAUGGAAAUGGGGCUCAAAGAAAAGCUUAAUGAAAGACGCAAUCGACGCAAUCUGCGAGAAACACAAACGCGUAUGUUAGAAGCUCUUCAAACGUCACAAUAAGCACUUCUGACGAUGACCACCAGGUGACGCAUAUAUAAUGAUGCUAGACUGUGAUAUGAAUUGUGGUAUUUAUUUUUCA